GCCGGGAGGCGGGCUGCGCGCGCGCGGGCCUGGAGCCCGCCAGAGCGGCGCACGGGACGCCGCGCGCCCGCCGGCCCGCCUCGGCCCUGGGCGCAGGGGCGCACCAUGCCUGCAGACACCCCGGGGAAGCCGAGAGCCUCGCCGCUGGCAGGAGCGCCAGCCAGCGCCAGCCGAACCCCAAACAAGCCCCGGAGCGCAGCCGAGCACCGCAAGUCUUCCAAGCCGGUCAUGGAGAAGCGGCGCCGAGCGCGCAUCAACGAAAGCCUCGCUCAGCUCAAGACCCUCAUCCUGGACGCCCUCAGGAAAGAUAGCUCCCGCCACUCGAAGCUGGAAAAGGCGGACAUCCUGGAGAUGACCGUGAGGCACCUGCAGGGCUUGCGGCGCGUGCAAAUGACAGCCGCGCUCACCGCCGACCCUGCAGUCCUGGGCAAGUACCGCGCCGGCUUCAACGAGUGCCUGGCCGAGGUGAAUCGCUUCCUGGCCGGCUGCGAGGACGUCCCGGCCGACGUGCGUUCCCGCCUGCUCGGCCACCUGGCGGCCUGCCUGGGGCGGCUGGGGCCCCCCUCCGCAGAGGCGCCCACGCCCGGGGUCUACCGCGGCGGCCCGACGCAGCCGACGCCCGACGGCCCCUUCCCGCUGCUGCGCCCCUGGGCCGCCUUUGCGCCGCCGCCGCUGCCGGGCCUGACCGGGGCGCCCCCCGCCGCCCCCUUGGCGGGGCUGCAGGGCCGAGGUGAGCCCUGGAGGCCGUGGCUGCGGUGAAACCGCGAGUUCUAGGGCCGCGGCCUUCGCCGAGACCGUACCAGGGAAUGUUUAUUUCCAGAGGCCGCGGCGCGAGUUUUGUAUUUGUUUUUGCCUUUUCCGUGAAGGGUCUAGUCUGGUAGCGCCUGCGACUGCGGCCCUGGGGGCUCCGCGUGGGCUCCACCCCCUCCUCCAGGCCCCGCCCCCUUCCCCGGGCUUUGUGCUGCGCCAAGCCCCUCCCUCCCGGCAGGUGGCCCCCAAGUGGGUCCGGCCCGGUGCUGCCUUCGCCCGCACCUGCACGGGAGCCAGCGACCCGCCUUGAAGUUGGGGGUUGGGGGGUGAGGUUCCUCCGGAUGCUCAGGCAGGAAGGUGACAGUCAUCACGUUCUCCAGAUGCAUCCCAGUGUUGGGAAGCACUAGGCUUGCAUUGCCUUUCCUCCUUCGACCCUUGGGGACCCUGGAAGGGUCCAGGGCUGCUGAGCUGUGCCAGGGAUGACUGUGUCCUGAAGCUUCAGUUCUGGCCUGGUCCACAUGCGGCUCUGUUCUCAGGGCUCUGCACCAAACUGUCUGCCCCGCUCUCUGUGGACGGAGCCUGCCCCAGGCCAGCGUCGCCGAGGGAGGGGUGCCAGCAGGAGAGGGUGUCAGAGCCCCGGGGCAGGGGCUGGGGUGUGGCCGCACA